ACAAUUCAGUUGCUAUUGAGUUCCCCAUACACUACGACCUACUCGCUUCAAACGAGGUUUAACACAAAAUAAAGUUAAAAAAAUGUGAAAGCAAAACCAAACCUGAAUAACAUUAAAAGAAUAGAAAAGAAAAACAAAAACAAAAAUUUCGUAUCUGUGAAAUACCUAAAGUAAAAGAUACAAAGUAAAAGUGAAAUUAUAAUUCAAAAAGCGUCAGCACGCCAACGCAACGGUUCCAGUAUCAUGUUGCUCAAUGUUGUGAAUUUUGUUGUUGUCUUUGUGAUAGUUUCUUACCAAACAGUUGCAGUGAAAAGUGAUCAUUUGAUCGUGUAUUUAUCACAACACGGCCUUCAUGGUGAAAUAACUUUUAAGCAAGGUUCAAAAACUUCCGUCGAAAUCAGAUCGAAACUCGAGACAACCUUGCAAUUUCCCGACCAAGCCUGGAGCUGGGGUAUCCAUGAGUUUCCAGUCGAUUAUACUGAAACAAAUGCAAACGCCCGAUGUGAUUUGCAUAAAUUGGGCAAACAGCUGAUUAGCUUCGAUGAUGAUCUAGGCUUUCUGACUCUGCCGGGCAAUGAGACGUCGAUGUGGACAAAAGAAAUACAGCUGACCGGUGAAAAUGGAAUCUGGGGAAAAUCUCUUGUACUGACAGAUGGCAGCACUAGGGUCUGCGGGAGUGUGACAACUGUUGAUGCCAAUGUUGAACAUAUGGCUGAAGCCCAAUUUACUACUCCCAUAUCGGGUUCGGUGUACUUCCGUUGGCUGGCGGGAAAUAAAGGAAGUGGUGACACUUUGAUUUAUUCUGACUUAUUCCACAUUCGUUCGCAACCAGUGCCGCAUAAUGAUGAACCAGCAACCAAGCACCACUGGAAAAUCUAUGUGACUGACAUUCUGGCCAAUGACCAUCACAGAAAUGAAGACAACUGCAAUUUUCUACAGUUGGUCUUCGAUCCACAGGGUAAUGGAGAAGGCAAAGGUAUAGGAGACCUUGACAACCGUUUGGGAAAAAUCAAAGUGGCAAAGAACGCUUUGGAGCUGUCUCAACGUUCGAUUUAUAAGGACAAUAAACUGGAACUUCUGCCAUCAGAUCUUACAAUCCCCCACAGGACGUUGUACUUAGUACUCUUCGAUCAUUUGCACACAAACGAGUUCCUGGCCUGCACUAAGAUUAGAAAUGUGAAGCCUCUUCUUUACAAAACCUUCUUCAAUUCUGGUGGAAUUAAGGGUGAAAUAUCAUUUAGUGAGCGAUCAAGGUUCGAUCCGACAUUUUUGAAUUUUACUCUGUCCUCAACUGGACGAGACACUGAUCGUGUAAGCAAGAAGUUUGCUGAAGAUGUUUCCGGCUUUCGCAUCCACAGUCUUCCACCAGACCCUAUAAGAAAGGGGAAGCCUGAUUACUGUAUAUCAACCGAUGAGAUAUUCAACCCACAUGAGAUUGAUAUGAAGGCAGCACCACCACCGGGUUUCGGAACUCAAGAACAGUACGCUAUUGGGGAUUUGAGUGGGAAGCUGCAGAGUCGCAACAAAGAUUAUUACCACAACUACAAACUUCCCGGGGCCAGUUCUGAACUGAGUGGAAUAUAUUGGGAUAUAUUUCUACCCUUACAGGGCAUCAAUAGUAUCGUUCAUCGAGGAAUGGUAAUUUACACUUUUGACCGAUCAAACCCCGAGAAUAUCAAGGAAGAACCCUGGGGUUGUUCGACCAUAGCCCAAUACCAGAAGAAUGGCAUCUAUCAGAAGCCAAUAUCGACCGCACAAGUUCUAUUUCGUUAUCCGAUUGUGGGAAGGGUUCUCUUCCGUCAGCCAGCUGAGGAGCCAUGGAUGGAUACAACAGUGAUUUUUGAAUAUCUCAUCCAUGCUGAUGGAUCAACGCAGAACAAUACAUUCGGCCAUAGGUGGGCUGUCCACGCAAGUCCUCCGGGAAAAGACUUUUACGACUGGCAAAACCGUUGCACCAGUGCUGGUAAUGUUUACAAUCCUUACAGGGUCGACUGGGGUGAGAAGAGAGCCGAUGAUUUCUGUCGACCCCAUCUGAUGCCGAUGUGUAAGGUUGGAGCCUUAGAUACUCGUCUGGGGAGUCUUGCAAUAGCCGGAAGGAAGUCCGAAGCCACAAAGAUAAGUCGCAAGAUAUUCACGGACUCUAAUCUGCCACUUUCGGGAAAGCAGAGUAUAAUGGGAAAGUCUUUGGUGAUCUACGACGACAACGGUCCAAAAGCUCGAGGAGAACGAUUAGCUUGUUCUGUAAUCAUUGGACAUUUUAAAAGAAAAGUCGUGGCAAAAGAUUGGUAUCCCAAUGGAUACGAUCUCUCUCUGAAGGGAGAACUUGAAAUUACCCAACAAUCCGAGUAUGACAUGAGUAACAUCGAAGUCGAUUUGAGAGGUUUGAACGCAGCCAGUGGCUAUCACAUCCAUGAGGCCCCGGUUGAAGAGAAUUUAGCCUUCCCCUGUGAGGCUACAUCGUUGUACGAUCAUUGGAAUCCAUUUGGAAUAAAUCCAAAACUAUCGCCUCCACCAACCCUGGGAUCUACGGAUCAAUAUGAGAUGGGUGAUUUGAGUGGAAAGUUCGGCACCCUGGAUGGUUUGAGGCACUACGAAGGGGCCCAUAACGACUCGAAUCUUCCACUAUUCGGAUACAACAGCAUCCUUGGACGAUCGAUUGUGAUUCACAAGAAGGAAAAGAAUGCCAGAUGGGCUUGUAGUACAUUAGAGCGAGGCUAUAGCCCAUCGGAAGCGAGGGAGCUGCGUGCUAUAGCUUCGUUCCAUCACCCUUCCGGAUAUGCUUAUGGAUAUAUCAAAAUGACCCAGUUGAUUCAUUAUGACGGGAGUCAAUCGGACACUGUGAUUGAGGUUAAGUUGAGGCACCCGGGAAAGAAUGACCGUAAUGUGACCCAAAACCACAAGUGGCAGAUAUUUGUCAAUUCAGUUGGUGUGGAUGCUGCAGUUAAGCCAACCGCCACAAGGUGUGUAGCUGGAGGUUAUGUCUGGAACCCGUACUUUACCCAACUUGCUGAUCCCUUAAAUACAGAGCUUUAUGACCAAGAAUGUGGAUCAGACAACCCUCUACGAUGUUAUGUUGGAGAUGUUUCGUCUAGAUUGGGACCAAUAAACAUUGGUGAAAAACGUAUGGUUUUUACGGAUCCUAAUUUCCCUCUGGAAAAACCUGUUGGAGCAAUUGGAAGAUCCAUUGUUAUUUUUGCCCAGGAUUGGUCGAAUGAGCGAUUCGCAUGUGCAAAUAUUGAACCCGAUCAUAAUAUUGUGAAGUUUGUGAAUAUCCAGAAACCACCUCGCUUUGUUGUUGCCCAGUUCCUCGAAGACCUGCGAGAAGUAAUGGGCAUUCCUGAAUGGAUGUUAAAUGUCGAUGCUAGAAGAACAAAAGAACUACACGGUGGAGCUUGUAUCCAACUUGUCAUUCACUUUAAAGGACCUUUAGCACAUCAAUUAGAACUAGAUAUGUCACGUUUAAUAGCAGCUGGAAGAUUAGAUGCUCCAACCCUUUACAUUGCAGGAUAUGUUAAUCAAAAAAGAAAGGCAACUCUAUCAUAUCGAAGUUGUGGUGUUCGAGAUACAAAUCCGAAUAGAAAAUCAUCAACAUUCAGAGGGAAUGGAAGUUCAAAACCAAAGACUUUUCUACUGUUAUAUAUUUUUACUUUAUCUAUAUUCCAUUUCAUUAAUUAAAAGUUUUUAAUAAACCAAGUUUUUUGUUAGAAAAAUAAAACAAAAAAUAAAAAAGAAACA